CAAAGCUCGCUUGCGUCUGUCCUCGCUGAUUCGGAAGCACCCCAAACCUCGGGGGCUUUCUCUCCAAAUUUCGAGCAACCUACUGUUGAUACCGUGAUCUACGAUAUUAUCUCCGUACAACAGGCGGACCUUUUAGUUGCAGACUAUCGUGAUACCUUUGCUGCGAGGUUCCCUUACGUGAUCAUACCAGAGGGCGUAACGUCACUCACCCUUCGACAAACAAGCCCCAUGCUCUUCUUGGCGAUCCUUGUCACAACGUCCUGGAAGCUACGAGGCCAGCAGGAUCAUCUCGAUCAAACAUUUCUCAAGGCACUCGGUACCAAACUAAUCCUAGAAGCUGACCGAGACAUGGACCUCUUGAGGGGAUUAAUGGUAUAUCUUAAUUGGAUCCACUUGCACACUGCACCAAAGACACAACAAGCCUACCGUCUUGCGUCCAUUGCAGCAUCUAUAGCAGUCGAAUUUGGCAUUACUCAGCGGCCCGGAAAGAACAAACACCAGCAGUUAAAUGUCGAGACCUUCAAUGAAAGACCAAAGGGCUUGUCGGCAGUUGAUGCGGAACUUUGGGAUCCCGAUGCUAUGCGAGCUUACCUAGGCUGCUAUCAAAUUACUACCUGGUAUUCUAUAAUGACUCGGAAGUCGAGUCCGUUGAUCUACAACGACUAUUUGUACACAUGCGCCCAGUCUCUCGCUGCCGCUAAGGAAAUACCGUCGGAUCUAGACCUUGUCUUCCAUCUCGAGGUUUCUCGCGAGGCCGAGAAAGCAUAUACUUUCUUCAACUACACCGACAUCCAGCAGACUCAUUUCAUGGGUGACCAGCAAAUACAGGUUUACCUCAAGGCAUUCUGCGUCAAAGUGCAGGAUUGGCGAUUUCGCUUCCCAUCUUCACUUACCAAAGAUCCCUGCCAACAAAUCUGGCCCUGGCUUUUAGAGGCUUUCGUCCGGGAGUUGUGCCUAUCAGGAAUGACACGAAGUACUGAUUUCUCCAUGGCUCGCAUUCGCAUUCUCGUGGACGCGCUCCUAAGCACAAAAGGCUAUUUCGACACAUUCUUAGCCAUUCCUCCGGAAAACAUCUCCAGCCUACCAUCCACACAUUGGGCUCUUUUGGGGUACUCUAUUCUCCUUACAGCGUCGAUAUCACUAUCGAUACAGACCCAAGGAUGGAACAUUGAAUCCGCGCGUUCUAUUAUAAAGCUCGAUACAUAUAUUGAUGCUAUCUCGCUUCGAGUGAAGGACCUCUCGUUGGAGAUGGGUUCAUCGGAGCACCUACGGAACUGGUAUGGCGACGCACUCGCGGGCUGGGAAGCGGUCAAGAUGCGUUACCUCGCCGCAGGUCAAGAGUCACUAUCCGAAACAGAGUCAUACCCGCAAUCAGCUCCCUCACAAGUCUCACAUAAGGCGGUGGAGCAGAGUGAUGAUCUUGGCCCUCAAAGUAGUCUUUUGGCCCAGCUUCAGGGAGACCCUAGUCAGAAGGAAAUAGCUGAGAACUCAAUAAGACCUCAGAGCGGACUUGAGGCAUUUGACUUCUGUGCAGAUACUGGGCUAUGGAUUAUCCCAGAUUUUAAUUAUCUAUAA